AUGGAAAUUAUUCAGAAAAAGUUGAAAUGCCCUGUGGGAAUUAAUAAGGUCAAUGAUCUGAGCAUGUCUCGUCGGAUAGGAGAAUUUGGGUCUUCUGCAGAUGUGGUAACGGCCCUGCCUGGACAGCCCGAAAAUGUUUCUUUUAAGCAGUAUUCUGGUUACAUUACCACGGAUGCUCAGCAUGGCCGAGCUCUAUUCUAUUACUUUGUCGAAGCUGAAUCAGCUAACCCAUUUUCACACCCCUUGACCUUGUGGCUCAAUGGAGGUCCCGGUUGUUCUUCGCUUGGUUUUGGCGCGUUUAUGGAACACGGUCCCUUCCAACCAGGAGACAAUGGACUUCUUGUUAAGAACGAAUAUUCAUGGAACUUGGAGUCAAACAUGUUGUAUGUUGAGUCACCUAUUGGGGUUGGAUUUUCCUACUCUAACACCAGCUCCGAUUACGUGAUCUGGAACGAUACUCAGACUGCCGAAGAUAAUUUGAGGUUUAUAAUAAACUGGCUGGAAGAAUUCCCAAACUACAAAGACUCUGAGUUCUUCUUAACCGGUGAAAGCUAUGCAGGGCACUACAUCCCCCAGCUCGCAGCGUUGUUGAUGGAGUACAACAGGAAUCCCAAUAUCAAACCCAUCAAGCUAAAAUCCAUUGCUCUUGGAAAUCCACUCUUGGACAUAGACAUCAGCGUGCAGGCUGGAGACUACUUGUGGGCACAUGGAGCAAUAUCUGAUGAAACACUGAUGCUGGAGAAGACGGUCUGCAAUGACUCAAAGUAUCUUCGGGAAUACGUCCACGAUCAAUGGUCUCAAGGAUGCAACGAUGUGUUUAAUAGAGUUUCAGACGAAAUCAGCGAGGACGUUGCUACUGAUGACCUACUCUUGCCUAAAUGUUUGUCGUCAACCUCGGCCGAGCAAUUUAGGAUCACGGGGAAGCAUGCAGGGAAAACUCAUGCAGCGGUAUAUAUGCACAGUGGUUUAUGA